AUGCCCUACUACGCAACAUCCCAAGAAUGGAUCCGCCAAUCCCAACUCCUCCUCGAAGCGCGACCGACGACGACACGUAUAACCACCAAAUACUCCCUCAAAGUCCCCCAAAUGCGCAAACCCAAGACCGCCUCCUCCUCCAAGCCGGCCUUAACACCAGCCGCCGCCGAAUCAACGGCAGCAACCAGCAGUAGCAAACCGGCGCGCGGAUCGCUCAUCCUCAAGACGUACGACCCCGUCUCGGGCGUAACGCUCAAGUACAAGACGUCCAAAGCGGCCGAGGUGUCGCGGCUGAUUCAGAGCCUGGGCAAACUGUCGCGACCGAUGGCCGGGCUGCCGGAGCUCAAGGACGAGGUUAUGACUGAUGCGCCCGUGCCGGCCGAAGGUGGUGGUAGUGGAGCGGGUACGCCGGCCGUAGAGAAGAGCGAGGCUGCUGCCGUGGGACAGAAGCCGCAAGGAGCUCCUGCACAGGCGGGUGGAGCUAGUGGUGGAAAGGGGAAGAAAAAGAAGGGGAAGAAAUAA